GGCGCUGGUACAGCAAGUCUCGGUAUUCGUUCCUUUGACCAUCAUCACUAUCACCUGUGUCUGAGGACAGCCUGAACGCAUGGAAGGAGCGAAAUCUUGUCUACUGUGCUGUCAAACAUGCGUAGGAAAUGGCGUGGGCAACGAGCACGACAAAUCGAACCCCCUUGCUCUCGAUAAUCUGUUAUCUGUGGGAACUAUCAGUGUAGACGUUCAAGACAGUCAUCUGCACUGCGCUCAUAGACACGCAAGUGACACCUGGCAUCCAGUACCAUCACGUCAGCUGUCUGUUUAUGCAGAGGAUGAUGUGUUUUGCAAGCUCUCUUUCCUGACUGAACAUCAAUUCCUGCGUGCUACCUGUUGCCUUGGAACGAGUCAACGAGUGUUAUAUAUCCGCAUAUACCUCAUACCUACCGACUUACCAAUUGUGCAAAAAAGCCUACGACAUCGCAGUGAAGCUGUAUUGAAAGAGGGUCAUCGUCACCUUCAAGCGUUAUUACCCUCGAUCGUACAGGACCAACGUUCCUGGAAUGCAGAUGAACUCCCCUCGAUGAGUCAACCUCAAAAUUAUUUCUUGCCAAGGGAUAUUGAUAAUCGCACAAUGGCGGAGAUCUAUAGCGACCUACCAUCAUUGGUCUCUUCAACAAUUACUGUGAGACAAGAAAUCAGGGGUCUUCGCAGUGUUUUGUAUGAGUACCAGAGACAGUCCGUUGCCGUGAUGAUUGAGAAGGAGCUGAGCAACCAGCCUGUUCAGGACCCUUUAUACAUCCCGAUCUCAGAUAUGCAUGGCGAACGUUUUUACUUCCAGCCUUCAACCCUUACCGCUGCGCGUGAAUGCCCAACAGUUGCUCGGUGUAAGGGUGGGAUUUUAUGUGAAGAACUAGGCACGGGAAAGACGGUGAUGAUCUUGGGCUUGAUCCUUGCUACUGUCGAUCAACUAUCUCAGCCGGAAGAAUCGCUAUUGGACUACCGCCCUGUUAUGUCUCCCUUGGCCUAUCGCACCUUCCCUGCAGAUGAGUACCUUAAUGCUCGAAGGAGGGCUGGCAUGCAUAAAAGUUCGACGCUCGAUGUAACACGCGUUCCAUCUCUCGUUGAAAUUCUUCUUCACCGUAUAAGGACGUGGGGUGACAAAGUGGACGUUCGAUCACAUGAAGAACAACUGGAGGCGUCCAACCUCUGGCAGCUCCUGCAAGCCAACACGCCAUUUUAUCACCACUACCCCGUCAAAUCACCUAUACCUGCUCUUGGUCCUUCUCGCACAAGAGAUCGGGUCUCGAAAUAUCCCCGAGUGAUGUACUUAACGGCAGCAACACUUGUUGUUGUGCCCGUCAAUUUGCUUGGACAGUGGGAUAGGGAAAUUCUGAAACAUUGUCAUAGCACCUUGAGAUAUCUUGUCAUCCGACAGACAACGCAGAUCCCAAGUGCGAAGGCUUUAGCGUCUGAUUAUGAUCUCAUCAUUAUGACGGAUAGUCGUUUUCGCAGAGAGUCGGUGAAGAAUAAAGUUGCACAUUUGCAUAAACUCAAACCCUGCACUUGUGCUCCAUUUCCUGGUAGCCGCGUACCAAACUGUUGUUGUCCCAGCGACCCAGAUGUAUCGCCUCUUUUUCAAAUUCGCUGGAAGAGGCUUGUGAUCGACGAAGGCCAUACCUCAGGAAAUACGGCCGCCACAUUAAAUUACUUUGUUCGCCAGCUAAGCAUCGAACGUAAAUGGAUUGUGACAGGAACCCCGACGUCGAAUAUACUAGGGCUGAGCUUGGGGCGCAAGCAGGACGACGACAUAGAAAAUGACAGUACCGUUGACAGUACCUACUCGUUAUCUAUACCUGCUACGACAGAUUGCUCUACAUCCGAUACCUCUUCAAUUUCUGAUGGCGGCGCGGAGAACAUAGCCAGGGUAUGGGGGACGUACGACUACGUCAACUUGCGAAAACUCGGGACAAUGAUCAGCGACUUCCUCGCCGUUCCUCAGUUCCAUUCUGAUCUCAAAUUGUUUGGUAGCCAUGUAUCUGCACCUCUCUGCGAUCAUCGUGGGCCUCGCGUAGGCGCAGUCAAAGUAUUGAGUCAGGUCAUGGAGAUGGUCAUGGUUCGUCACAGGAUCGAGGACAUUGAAGAAGAAGUAGUUCUACCUCCCAUGCGACAUACACCCAUUUACAUGGAUCUUGACGCCUAUGCUGUAAAGUCUUACAAUGCGAUGCAAGCCAGCAUUGCAAUUAACGCUAUUGACUCUCAACGUGAGGGUCAGGAUUACAUCUUCCAUCCUAGGAACGCAAAAAAUCUUCAGAUUGCCAUGGACAACUUGUCACAAGGAAUGUUUUGGUCGGCGUCCGACAUCUUGUUUAACGUCGACCAAAUACGACAUGAAGCCCCUAAAUUCCUGGCUCGUGCCACUGAAGCCCAAGUGUCUAAUGAUGAUAUGGCACUAUUGGAACAAGCACUAGCACACGCAGAGGCGGCAGCGAAAGAUCCUCUGUGGCGCGCCAUGCAACAACAUGAAGAUGUCCCUUUUCGCGUGACGGGGAUAGACACAGCUGUUUUCGAAGCCUGGACACGGGGAAGAUUGAAGGACAGAUCUCGCGUUGACAAUCUCAUGCAUGCGAGCCGGCUGUGUGAUCUACGAGCUCUCGUUCGCAGCCGACCUUUGAUGAAUCUAGAUCGAUUGGUUGAGGAAGGCAAAGCGUUGGAUCUGAAUGAACGAGCACGAUGCGAGAAGAAAGCUGCACAAGUACACGAUGUCACCAACGCCUUGCAGAUGAAAAAGAUGGUGUCUGAGGUUAAAGACGAGUUGGAGGUCAUGAAGGAGAAAGAGAAAGUAUAUCAAACAGAGGAUGUACCUGAAACAGACAUUGAUGGCUUUGUUCGCCGCAAGUUGGGGCAUCACGCUGCUCCUUCGUCAUCCAAUCUACUCAGCUCGUCGCCAUUGUCAAGAACAUGUGUCGGGCCAUCUCUAUCCACCAAGUUGAACUUUAUCAUAUCAGAGGUUCUGAAUCAUUCAGAGAAGGAAAAAUUCCUCAUAUUCUCUAAUUCACCACUCACUCUCGCCCAUAUCGCAGAGGCACUCUCUUUUAUCGAAAUCAAGUACCUCCGAUAUACAACAGAUGUUUCUCCGCCACUACGAGAGCAAUGCGUCAUGACUUUUGAGUCCUCUGAUACCUUCCGUGUUUUCCUGAUGGAGUUGAAGCUCGGUGCUCGUGGUCUGAACUUGACCUCUGCUUCCCGAGUUAUCUUCUGUGAGCCUGUCUGGCACCCCGAUGUCGAGGCACAAGCCAUAAAGCGAGCACACCGUAUCGGGCAGACAAAACCAAUUACUGGUAAUUCUUCCUGAAUGAUGCUUAAUAGUUCGGUUCAUCACAUCACUACCCUUAGUGAAGACUCUCGUAAUCAGACACACUGCAGAAGAGGCAAUGGUCUCUAGACGUCAUCUUCUGAAGGGAUCUGGCAAAGUUCCGAGGAUGACUGCCGAAGUGGGGAUGCGUCACUUCAUGGAGGUACAUGCAAUUCGGUUAUACUCGGUCAUGGGAUCACUCACUAGGACCUUCAUCUUCUUAGAACCCUCGGUUUUUAGCUGUUCCAACAGAGCCAGAGCGUUUCUCUUCAUCGCUACAGAUCUCUUUGCUAACACAUGCAGAGCCUCA